GUACAAGCAAAGAAAACAAAAAUGGACCUAACCCAAUAUUUCCUCAAAUUUCAAAUACUAUACCUCUCUUUCACAUCCCCGCAUUCCAUUCUCAUCCUUCAACAAUGGAACCUCAAACCUCCCCUGCCCUUAAUUUUAGCUCCACCGUCGACACUUCUCGUCCUUUCAGUUCCGUCAAAGAAGCCGUAGCCAUCUUUGGUGAACGUCUUCUUCUUGGAGAAAUUUACUCUCCAAAGCCAUUCUCAGACACUAGUGCAUAUUCUCCUAUUAAGCGAGAAGCAUCAUGGAGGUUCUCAUCACCAUCAACCCCACCAAGUCCCAUGAAGCCUAAAGAAGACGAAGGUGUGAAUGGCAAUGCCCUUUAUGAGACACUAAAGAAGCUGGAGUCAGAGCUUGAGAAAACCAAGGUUGAACUGAAGCUGCUGAAGGAAAGAGGGAGUGAAACAGAGGUGGCAUUGGCUACGCUCAACGCCGAGCUUCACAAAAACAUGUCCAAGUUGGCUCAAGCUGAGGCUGUAGCGGCGGGGAAGGCUGCGGUGGCCACAAAGUCGGUGAGGUUUGAGAUUGAGAGAGAAAAAGAAGAAGGCAAAGGGGGAAUUAUUAUAAGAGAAGAUGAGAAGAAAAGGGACCAUAUAAGAAGGAUGGAAGACUCUCAAACCUUGGCUAAGAUACUGAGUCUUGGAGAAAACGACCACCUUUUCGGAGGGAAAAAAGUGAGGAAGAACAUGAAGCAUAAACCUAUCAUCCCUCUUGUGGGGGAUUUUUUUUUCAAGAGAAAGAGUUCUUCAACUAAUCACCAUAAUCCUCUUUAUGCUUCUCCCUUUUAGUGUAUGUGUUUCAUUGUUAAUUUCUUAUUCAUGUUUGGGGUUGGACUUAAUUAGUUGGGGAGAACAAGUUCAAGAAUUUGUAUUACUUUGGGGAAGUGUGUCCUUUUUUUCUUUUUCUUUUUGUUUCCUGGGUCUUUGGGAUGUGUCGUGCUUGUAAAAAUUGAAGUUUGUAUCUAUCCACAUGAAGUUAAUGAUCAGGCCCUUCAAUUCUGCUACCCAUUGAAAAUUCUGCAUAUGUAAAA